AUGCACAGACUUAAACUGAAGCUAGCAGAAGUCAGAGAGAAGAAGGCAGACACACUUUUAUUCCCAGAAGUCGACAGGGAAGCUUCUGAGCUUAUAAAUGCUCACCAGCGCAAGAUCGAAGCGGCGAAGGAUAUUGAAGAUGAGGUGGAGAAGACCAAGGAGGCUCUCUCGCAGAUUAAAGACGAUAUUAAAACGACUUCUAAGACACGUGAAGGCUUGGAGACAGACAUGGCGACGAAGGAGACAGAGUGGGAGGCUAAGAUAGCAUCUCUGAAGGUUGCUCUAGAGCGGGGGAAAGAAGAGGUGGUCUUACUGAAGUUAGCGAUGGAUGCACAUAGAAGAGAACACGCAGCUCUCCGCUCGAGAUUCGCGGAAGCUCGAGCUCUCAUCGCCGCACUGGCGGGAGUGGAGGCUUCUACGAGAGACUCGAUUCUUGAGAAGGCAACUCAAACGAAAGAUGUAUUGGAAGAGAUUGCCAGAGUGCGUAGCAUGCUCAAGGCUGAGAGGGGUCGGUCGGGGUUCGGCCGAGUUUGUGCUGGCAAAGCGCCAGGAGUCGCUAACGACGCAAUUAAGACUACUGAGGCGACCGUCUUGUCCACGCAAAGACACAGGUACUGGGACGACUUGCUGGGAAGUGAUCUGGCGCUACCAUCUUCAUCGCAUGUCGAUCUGCCCAAGGCAAGGGAUUCCUGUCAAGAUUCCGGUGUUGAAACUACAUCAGCACAUCCGUCGCCAAUAUCGUUGAGAGAAAAACGAGAGUUCCCCGAAUUGACAGAAGUCAUGACAUUCGGAGAAGAACCCGCAACGAGCUCGGAGGAAAACUCUUGGUGA